UUUGAGAGAUACAAAAGAAAAUUAAUACCAGUCUGAAAGAACUAUAUGAUUUUAAAGAAUUGCUAUCAAAGUGAUUUCUCUUUUCAUCUUUAUACAUCACAUCUUGAAGAAGUAGGAAAGAAAAUAUUGCUGUGCGUAAACACCAGUCUUUAGGAUUCAGACUCACUGGAAAGAUCUUGAAAUUUUUUCGGCAACUCACUUUUCGUAUACUGCGUGACACUCAGCCAGUUUUAUGCCAGUUUUUCGUAGGAUUAUUCCAAAAAUCUAUUUUUGAAGUCCACAAGACCGUGAAGAGAAUAACAGAAAAAGCCAAAGAUUAAUGUCCUCACUGGAUCAUAGAGAGCAAACAAUGAGGCAUGUUCCGUAUUUCGUGGCUUGUUUUCUUAUCUUUAUGACAUUUGUCAAAGCGUUUCCCUCACAGUGCAAGGACGACAAAUUCUUCGACCACGUAAAGCAAAUUUAUUUGCCGUGUUCUGAAUGCGAAAACCAGCAAUUUGAAUGUGAGAUUUGUUGUUCAGCUAGAAAACCAGAGUUGGUGGAUGCCUCGAUAUCUAGCAGUAAUGCACCUAGGCCUUCAUUGAAGGAAAAAACAGACAAGGCCAAAUACCAAAUCCUCAACCUCUUUCUCCAGAGUUUCAUAAUCACAAUGGUAAUUUGUAGCUUGUUAGUAUUAUUCUAUGUUGCUUAUAAGGUUACUCAGGAACGCCAAGCAGCAGCUGAAUGCCCACAAGGAAAUCACUUCCACAAUGCUGAUGCUAUAUAAUCUAGGAAGAGUAUACUGUAGACCCAUUGUCUACCGCAGUGCAGGCUUGGAUGCAUGUUUAUAUUGAAUACAUGUAUCUCGUAAAUACUCGAGUCAAGUUGACAUAGCAGCGAAUAAGCUACUAGACGUUGGCGCUUAAAACCGGCUCUCUUUGAAUCGGAAGCUAUAGCAAACAGAACCAGCAUCAUACAUUUUCAUAAUAUCCACAUGCAUCUAAUUUUAAUAAGAUGGUUGCCAUGGUAUCGGUAGCAAAGGAUACACCUUGAACAUAAAAAUUCAUCCAUCUCUGGCUAGUCCGGCAAGCCACACAAUUUUGGUAUUACUACAGACGUAAACUUAUAUGAGUCUGAGGUAACCUAUUAUCUAUGGUAGAAAUAACCAUAAAACGUACAAUUGGUUCUAAUAACCGUUAAUAUGCUGUCCAAUUAAGAAAUAAUUAAGAAAUAAUAAUGAUUAUAAAAAAUAAUUCCGAGGAAUGACAAAAUUGGAUGAGGCCGUAGGCCGAGUCCAAA